GUAUGGGAUUAUGAGACAGGUGAUUUUGAGCGCACCCUGAAAGGCCACACAGAUUCUGUGCAGGAUAUUUCCUUCGACCAUAGUGGCAAGCUACUGGCCUCUUGUUCUGCAGAUAUGACCAUCAAGCUAUGGGACUUCCAAGGCUUUGAGUGCAUCAGAACCAUGCAUGGUAAGGAAUUGAAAUCCUGCAGCCACCUGAACUGUUCUCAGACCACCCGUUUUAUUGGUUCCAUUCUCUGUAGCAAUCUUGUACUGAUGAGGCAUGUCUUCUUUCCUGUGAACAGCUACUGUGUGAAGACUUUCACGGGGCAUCGAGAAUGGGUCCGCAUGGUACGACCUAACCAGGAUGGCACACUGAUUGCCAGCUGUUCUAAUGACCAGACUGUCCGUGUCUGGGUGGUAGCAACAAAGGAGUGCAAAGCUGAACUUAGAGAACAUGAGCAUGUAGUAGAGUACUAAGAAGAGUGGUAAGCCUGGGCCUUUCCUGCUUUCUGGAUCUAGAGACAAGACCAUUAAGAUGUGGGACAUUAGUACUGGCAUGUGCCUUAUGACUCUUGUGGGCCAUGAUAACUGGGUACGUGGUGUCCUGUUCCACUCUGGUGGUAAAUUUAUUUUGAGCUGUGCCGAUGACAAGACCUUACGUGUCUGGGACUACAAGAACAAAAGAUGCAUGAAGACUCUUAACGCGCAUGAACAUUUUGUUACCUCGUUGG